GCAUGUAUUAUGAACGAACUGUCACGUUACGUCACAAAUGUCAAAGCAUAUUCGAAUUUCAAAAAUCAAAACACUUAACCGAAGUUUAUCCGAUAAUACAAAAGAACUACUGUGUUUCGAGAUUAACUUAAACAAAAUGAGUUUAGUAAGUGCUGUGCUACAAGAAGUCGAUUCUACUAAAAUGAAGGAUUUUAAGAAAUAUAGCGACGAAUUAACGCCCAGGCUCAAAGACCUCAUCGAACGUGUGGAAAUAUUAUCAUGGACAUUGCAGCAACAUUUUAUCGACUCUUACCUCAACUACACCACAACGAAAAGCCUGGAGCAAUUGAAUUACAAGAAUAGAAAAGGAAACAUCGUCAAUGACUACGCUACCAUCACUGAAGAGUUAAAAUCCUUGCGUGAAAAGUUCAACAUUACUGACGAAGAGUUCAAUGAACGUUGUGAAAAAUUGGACAAAUCCAUGGAUGUUUUAAACGAAUUUUGUGUUGCUGCUGAAGGUAAGCGCGUCUUACAGGUUGCCAACCAUGAAUUCAGGAGGCACAAUUACUGUGAAGCUAUGUUAUCCAUUAAAAAGCUUCAAGAUCAGAUCCAGCUCUUAAAUUUUAAGGGAGACGCGGCUAAAGCUUUGCUAAACUUGAUAGCGCAAGCUGAAAAUCAAUUGUCAUUGUAUACUGCUCAAUUGAGUGUGGAGUGGGAAGAUCUUUUCUCAUGGUCAGAGCUCCCUAGUCUCCAUUUCCUCACUUAUUCAUUGUCUGUGCAACAGAGUGAUCCUAUUAUGCUACAGAAAGUUCUCAGAACUUUAUAUGUAACUAAAAGAUUAAAUGCAGAGUUAGGUCAGUUUUCCCAUUUCUUCAUAGAUCAGCUUUUACAUAAUGUGAUAAGGCAUAACUGUGAGAUAUUUACUGAAGACCACAUAGGUGCUAUUUUCUUCAAUAUUAAAAUAGAUUUGGCCAACAAGACUAAGCCUAACUAUCAGACAAUAUUCAUCAACCUAACAGCCAUCUUUGAGUUCCUGCAGUCAACUCUGGGCUCUCAGUUGGAAGGCGACCAAAACUUCAUCGAAAUUUUUGGUAAUUCCAUUAGACAAAAAUUCUUUAAUAAAAUAAUUGAUGAUUGCAUCAGGAACAACUUGCCGUCCUGUAACAGUACUUAUGAGAACUACACCACCCUUGUUGUGGAGUUGGAUGCCUUCAACAAGUUCCUCAUAGAGUCUAGAUUUGUAGAAGCCUCAAAAUCCCCGCUGAACAAGUAUAUAGAUGAUACGGAAUGUGUGCUGUACAAUAAGAAGUGUGACAAGCUACUGAAUGAUGUCAGAAGUUUGUUGAGCCAAAGUCUUUCAUACGGAACAGAGGUGGUUGGAACAGAGAUCGUAAAUGAAAAUGAGUCCAUACUGGAAGUAACGGAAAAGACUGAAAACACAUGGGAUUUGAACAAGCCAGUAUUCCUGCCUAAAUGUGUAAUAUCACAAAAUGUGAAACGGAUUUUGCGGAUGAUUUUGGAGCAUUUAGAGGAGAGCAUCAAAUUGCCGGAGAAAUAUAGCACUCAGUUGGUCUCAUACAUCAAAGAUAUAACAGGGAUGUAUCAAAGCAUUGUACCUAAGAAGUUCAAAAUUAAUUUGGAGUGCUGCCCUCUGGACAUAGCUCUAUUCUUCAACAACUGCUUCUACCUGGCUCACGGGCUUCUAGGCCCCCCGUGGCGCUCCAGCCUGCCCGGCCCGCUAGCUGAUCACUUAACCACAACCAUGCUCGUCUGCAUCCAGGACCUGAGAGUGCUCGGCAUGGAGAAGAUAUCCCUGUAUCUGCAGAAACAGAAGAAUGUGAUUACUCAGAGCAUUGAGCCUAGUGAACUCUCAACCUGGUCCAAAACUAGCUACGAGCAGUUCGACACAGCAGUAAACAACGCCAUAAUCCUGAUGAAGGACCUCAAAUGCAGCUGGCACCACAUCCUGCCCACUCGGAUGUACGAGUUGGCCAUGUGCACUCUGGUGCAGGCGUUCUGCCAGUCCGUUCUGCAGAGGAUCUUCGCAGACAGCCGGCCUGUGCAGGAAGACUUAGUUUAUAUGCUGGCGGUGAGGCUGCAGGACUCGGUUGAAGAUAUCACUACACUUUUUGAGGAGCCGAUAGAACUCGACAAGAAAAUCAACGUAUGGACGAAGUUCACCAAAAUGCCUCAACUCCUCAAAGCCCAGCUGCUGGAGACCGCAGACGGGUGGAAGAACAAUAAGGAGCUGGCCCAGAGCUACUCCUGCGAGGAGGUCCGACAGAUUGUCAAGAUGAGGUUCCCCGACAACAAAUAUAGGCUUAACAUGUUAAAAGAAAUACAGUGAUU